AUGCAGGGCAUUGACAGAUGGAGCCCAUUAACACCACCACCGCCUAACAAUAAUGCAGUAAAGAGAAGACUCUUCUCUGCACCCAAAAAGUUCCAUGCUGAUGGUGAGAAGGGAAAGCUGGACGGAGGGGUUCCUGGAACUACUGUGAGGGUUUCUUUUGAUUUCUCCUGCUUAGAAAUGGUGAGAGAACUUUGGAUGUGGAACGUGGAGGAGGAGGAACACGAAGUGGGGGUCUGCACGUGGGAUGGUCAGCACUACAGGUGCCCAGCAAAGGCACUGCCUGGUCCACAUCCCGGAGGGGCCUCUGCGCCCCAGUCAGCAUCGCAGCGGAUGGUGAAAUGUUUGGCGUGGCAGAAGAGUCUCCACAAACUUUGGAAGGUGUCCACUGUGUCCUCCAUAGCCCUGUAUCCCUGCUGA